AUGAAGCUCACCAUCGCUAUUGCCACAGGCCUCACGCUUGUUGGCAGGGCCGCAGCCCUUAAUUCAGACACCGAUCCCAAUAUUGGUACUAUCAGACCCGGUACCUGCGACAAGGCAAGGAAAGUAUGUACCCUCCAGAACAUCUGGAAAAAGCGUGGAUUUGCGAAGGACAAGAAUGGUGUCAGGGUCCAAGUUUGGUACCUCGGUACUGUGGAAAAGAAAUGCGAUUCAAGCGCCCCACUUCAGCGCGACUCCGGCUCAUACUACCACUAUGUGCCCAGAACCCGAUCUCAACGCUGGGAAGUCCACUGGGGGGUCGUCCAAGUCUGGCGGGUCGUCCAAGUCUAA